GCCAGUCAGUGGAAGAAAGGAAAUAUUCUAGGGAAAGGUGCUUUUGGAACAGUAUGGUGUGGACUGACUAACGAGGGCGAAUUAAUAGCUGUUAAACAAAUUGAGUUAAAUUCUAUGGACAUUGAAAAAGCUCAUCGUGAAUACGAAAAGGUGCAAGAAGAAGUGGAACUUCUGAAAAACCUUAAACAUAAAAAUAUUGUAGGGUAUUUAGGAACUAGUUUUGAAGACAGUAUUGUGAGCAUCUUUAUGCAGUUUGUACCAGGAGGUUCUCUGGCCAAUGUAUUAGCAAGGUUUGGUGCCUUGGAAGAGUCAGUAUUUCGGCGCUAUACCAGACAGAUACUAGAAGGGGUGGAAUAUCUUCAUCAAAAUGAUGUCAUUCACAGAGAUAUCAAGGGAGGUAAUGUGAUGUUGAUGCCAAAUGGAAUUAUAAAACUGAUAGAUUUUGGUUGUGCUAAACGAUUGUGUUUUAAUCUCAGUAUGAGUCAGACUCAGAUAUUAAAAUCUAUGAAGGGGACGCCAUAUUGGAUGGCCCCGGAAGUGGUGAGUGAAACUGGACAUGGUAAGAAGUCUGAUAUCUGGAGUAUUGGUUGUACAGUGUUUGAAAUGGCCACCAGAAAACCUCCAUGGUCCAAUAUGAAUCCCAUGGCAGCCAUAUUUGCUAUCGGUAGUGAUAAACCUGUACCUCAACUUUCAGAGUCGUUCUCUGUAUUAGCUAGACAGUUUGUUAAUGCCUGUUUGACUAGAGAUCAGAAUGAAAGACUCUCAGCUACAGAAUUAUUAUCUCAUCCUUUUAUA